UUGUCAGACAGUGGUAGGAAAUAUCAAGUACUCCUUUAUACUCAUACUGCCUUUCUAUAGAUUUCUUAUAACUUGUGAACUUGUAUGUUACUAUUCUUUUAAACAAUUGCAAAACAACAGUUUAUUUUCUUAAUUAUCAUUCCACUAACACAAUAAGUUGAUAAAUUGACCCUGGACUAGAAGUAGGCCAAGUUGCCUAUCCUAGUUUUUGUUUUUAUUUUUUUAGAUUAGGUGCAAAGUUCAUUAACAGUUACUACUGACUCUUAAUAGUGCUACGGCACUUAUCUUGUGAUAUACAAAACCACUUUCAACUGACAUGUGAAAUUUUUGAAAAUUGACUUUUUUAGUUCAGUAUGAGGCAAAUAAGAGUCAAGAUUCCAUUUUUUAAGCUGAAGAUUUAAAAUCGAUCUGUAUACCUUUACCAAGCUUGUGAGAACCUUAACUUAGAAAAUGAGCAUCAACGUUAUGUUUAGAGUAAAUGUGGAGACAUUUAAAGGCCAGGUUGUAUGUGUUGUUGGGGAUGAUCCCCUCCUUGGUGUAUGGGAUCCAUUAAAAGCUGUUGUCAUGGAAAGGGACUUCACUGGACAAAACUGGAAACAAUGGAAGUGCUCAAUAGCUCUGCAAGUGAAUACUACCUAUCACUAUCGCUUCUUUGUGUGUAAGCAGCAACAAAUCAGUAAGAAAAAGAGUGAAUGCAGCCACGAUCCAAAGACGGCUAGAGCUCCUGGGUUGACAGUGUAUAAAUGGGAAACAAACAUCAAGCCUCGGCACUUUACAACAGGGGGAAACUGUGACCUGCUUGAAUUACCAGAAUCAGUAUUUGGAAAAUAUGAUGAUGAGUUUAAUGUUGGGAAAGGAUGGCUGAUCAAUCAAUCAGAAGUUCAGAUACGUCUUCAUUCCAAUCCAAUAUACAUGUGGAAAGCCAGACACAGAGAGCAGACUUACAGCAUCAAAUGUAUUGCAAUGGACUACUCAUCCCAGAAUGAUCCAUCAGUAAAUGAUGAUAACGAUGAUUCUCAAGAUGGUCCAGUCCCUUGUAGUGUGGAUGAUGUUUUAGCAUGUAAUCUUGCUGAUGAGGACAGCCAACCAGAGAUCCAAGGUCCAGCUGGUAUGCUCUAUAAUAAGGAUAGCUAUGUGGUGUUUCGUAAACAAUUGCAAGACACGCAACUUGAGGGAUUUCAGCUAGACUUUUUUGUAUGUGAACAAAACAGAGCUCCCAAGUUUGUUGGCUCUGCCCACCUCCUGCCAUUCAAACAGAAAGAGUCCCAGUACUCCAGGAAAUUCCCUAUUAUUGGUUGCAAUCACAAACCUAUUGGUGAAAUAAUGGUUGACAUCCUGAUUGGAAGGCCUGUACCUGGGCUAGUGAUGACCAUGGAAACAACUUUUCAGACGCGCUGGAAGUGGAGAAAGGCAGGGGAUAAGCCAUUGGACAUUGGCCACAGGGGGAUGGGCGUUUCCUACUCUCAAGUUGUCAACCCUUUGAAAGAGAAUACAUUAGCAUCUUUUGCAGCAGCAGCUGGCCAUGGAGCUGACUUUGUAGAGUUUGAUGUUCUACUGAGCAGAGAUAAAAAGCCUGUGAUAUACCAUGAUUUUUCUGUCAAAGCUCUGUAUUCUAACAGAACAAAACACAAUGUUCCAUCAGAGUUGUUUGAGAUCCCUGUAAAAAGUUUAACCCUAGCUCAACUGCAGUCGAUGAAACUUUUUUCUUCAGAUCAUUCACAUAUUGAAAUAAAUGAGGAAACAGAUGAAGAAAGCAAAGAGCCAUUCCCUACAUUGGAAAAAGUUUUGAAAGUCGUUGAUGAAAAUACUGGAUUUGAUAUUGAAAUUAAAUACCCGCAGCUAGAUAUUAAUGAAGUCUGGGAGAUGGAGAACUACUUUGAUGUGAAUGAAAACCUGGACCACAUCCUGCAGGUUGUGUUUGCUCACGCUGGUUCCAGGAAGAUUGUUUUCUCCAGCUUUGAUCCUGAUACUUGUAUACUGCUGCAAUUAAAACAAAAUAAAUACCCUGUGUUGUUUCUACACCAAGGACAGACCAAAAUCUAUACACCUUAUAAAGACUACCGAGCUUAUUCUUUCAAAAAUGGCAUUGGUUUUGCUGUUUCUGAAAACUUUCUGGGCCUAGCACUACAUUCAGAAGUUUUACUCCAAGACAUGAGCCUCAUCAACCGAGUGUUAAAUAAAAAGCUGGUCUUGUUUGUCUGGGGGAGUGACAACAACAACCCUAAGAUGAUUCGAAUGCUGCGAGACCACAAGGUUGAUGGGAUUAUCUAUGACAGAAUUGACUGUCACAAGCCAGAAUACCAUCCAGAGUUUGAGCUGGUCUCAGAAACGGCAGCUCAGUCUUUUAUGAAUGUGGUCCAGAUGGAUGAUAGAGCCACUGUCCACUACGCCAGCUCCCCUGACCAGAACGGCGCCAUCAGUGAGUUCACCCUAGACCAGCCCACGCUGGCUGAGGCUGUCGCAGCCAAGACUGAUUUGGUUGAGAGUAUAAACAAACAGUUGACGUGUGCUCUUGUAGACACUGAGUCUGCGUAGUUCAUGUUUAUAUUGUUUUUACGAAACUAUUCCUGUCCAUAAACAUAAAAUUAAAUUAUUGGAAAUUUUGAUGUAUUUAUCUUAUUCACAAACUCUCUUGUUGCCAUAUAAAUUAAAUUAUUUCUUUUUUAACAAGUCAACUUGUUUUUUUUUUCUUUAAUAUAUUUUAAAGAUAUAUUUUGUGAUAGUUUUUUGUUUGUAUAUUUCAGUUGUAAUAAUAUUUAAGACAAUCCAUGCUAUAAUGGAUUUCAGAUAAAAGAAAUUAAACUAAAAUGGAUCUAAUAUUAUUUUAUUAUUUGUUAAAAAAAACCUGUUUUCCUAAUCUUAAAUUUUUUUACAGUGCUUAAAAUUUACCAAUAGAAUAGAAACCAGCGCAACCAAUAGAUUAGAAACCCUCGCAAUUGUAUUGAUAUUUAUUUUUCUAACGCUCUUUCAAUGUGAUAGAAGUAUUUGCUGUGCAAGUAAUCUGAACCAAUGUACUUACAGCUUUGAUCUCUAUUUAUUAACUUACUGCUUUUGACUUGCCAGUUGGGAUUAAAGUCUUUUUAGCUUCUCUAGAUAUUUCGUUGAUGUACAUUCUAAAGAUUCAAUCAGUUUAAUGCUAAACCACAGUAGCCUCAAAGAUUUAAAAUAAACUUGGUGUCAUUUUAAAAUUUACCCUUGAUCACUAAUUAACUUAUAAUUUCUAAAAUUGUCCUUAAGGAGUUAUGUUUGGAAUAUUUUGCUGAAAAUGUACCUCGGUGAUUACUUCAAACUAAAUACUUACCCUAACAGAUCUCAUAUUAUUUCAUCUCUUUAGACAGGGUAAAACACCAGUCUCUAAAAAAAAGUUCUAUUAUAUAGAAAGUUAUUUUUUAAGUGAGCUGAUCAUAAAAUUAACUUUUUUUUCUAAACUUUGUUGGUAUGCUGUUAACACUUUUUUGAGUUUUAUUGUACAUUGUGACCUUGCUCUGUAAAUUAAAACAAAAAUUGUCAAAUUAGAAUAGCAGCUAUAUUAUAGUCUGGUGCAAACCCAUGCUUCACUACUUUUGUCGUUGCUUGUUUUUAUAUAUUAUUUUUUUUUUUUAUUAUUUAUGUCUUUAAUAUGUCUAUAAUUUGUUUUAAGUUAAGAAGUGUUCAGUAACUAUUUUUACAUAAUUCAUGUUGUGAGAUUAUGAAUGAAAACGAUCAUAAUAUUAUUUAUUUAUCUACAGUUGCGUCAAGCAACCCUCUCUUCGUUUGAUUAGUUUAUCCCUAGCCGUGGUCCUAUUGACAAUGUUUCUUUUUUACUUUUGGUGUUUUAGCUCCUUUCUACAUGAAAUUUCGUUUUUCAACAUGCAAGUUAUCAAUGCACUUCCUUUUCUUAAUGAUUUUAAUAUCUUUUGGAAAUGGUUUAAAGCCUUUGAAAUUGAUAUUGAAAACAAAUAAAUUAUUAAUUAAUAAUGUACUUUUUGUAUACAUAAUACAUGUAAUUUAUAAUUUUAAUGUGAUUUAACUAAUGUAUUAUGCAAUAUGUAUUUUAUCUACCCACAUUUGAUGACACCUCUUAACUCUUCAAACUUUUAUUCUAACCAGUGAAUAAAAAGU